AUGUUAUCAAGUUUCAAAAAAUCUUGCACGAAGGCAUCCGAUGACGAAAUAUCCAUAAUCAGGAAGCAAUUGAUCGGCAAAAGCUGGAAGACCACCGAUGAAGCUCUUUCAGCCAGUAAAGGAAGGGAAUUGUAUGUUACUCUUCAAUCAGUGUUUUCUAGGCCACCAAUUCAAAGUAAUAUAUUCCGAAAUUAUAUGAAAACACACAUGAAAUUCGGAAGAUAUAUACCAUACGGGUAUUCUAUGAUAUAUUGUAACCCGACACACUUUGAGUCCGAAAUAAGCCCAGAUGGUUACGACAAUUUUAAUUCUCCAGUGUUAAAUAAUAUAGAGUUUUUUAGAAGAAGAAUGUGGGUCGGAGGUGAACUGAUAUUUGAGCCGGGAAACCGUCUUAAGUUUGGAGAACGUGUAGACUUCGAAGAAAAGGUCACUAAUGUAAAAGCAUUCAACAAAAACUCUACCAUAUUCGUUGAUUAUCGCAGGAAUUAUUCGAAUAUGUUUGGAUUAAGUUUAAUAGAAAAAAGGAGGUUAUGCUACUUAAAUGAACUUUAUUCGGAAGCCGAAGAAACUAGCUCUGAUCUAAUUACCCCUGAUCAUUUUAUUUUUGUGACGCCCAGUUUGAUAACAAACUUUAGAAUGAGCGCUCUUACUUUUAAUUCGCAUCUUCUUCAUUACGAUCUCCAUUAUUGUAAUUCAAUUGAGGGUUACCCUAAAGUUGUCGUGGAAGCACCAUUACUCCUUGAACUGGCAUUACAAUUCUGGCUCAAUUUAACCAAUAGUCAGAUCUCACUUCGCAAAAUAAAAUACAAAAUAUCCAGACCGUUUUUCACCAAUGAAAAGCUGAAGAUAUGUAUUUCUAAAAGUUCUAAGACUCAAACGAACAUUUGGCUUCAAAAUUUAACAGGACAAUGUGGAUUUGUUGCUACGUUAACUGUAUCGCCUUCGGAAUUCAAAGAACAAUUGCUUUCACACAGAUAG